AUUGACAUGUUUGUUUACAUCUCCAUCAAGAAGUUUCGUCCAUUCAUAAACAAGGAUCAGUUAUAAUGUGCAUUACAAUGAAUUCCAUCUAAAUGCGAUGAAAGGCAUCAUCAACAUCAAUCGAUGAAUCAAGUCAUUCAUAAUUUCUUUUUGAUCAUUUGAGGUUCAUCCGGUUUAGGUAUACUUUGGGCGAAAAACGCAUGGUUCUGAUUCAUUGAAUGAUCCAGGGUUUUCUGGGCUUUUCAAAACUCUGCAUCAAAUGAUCCUUGUCCGCUUUAAACUCGGAUAGAAUUCUUGUGAUACAAAUAUCAGUUUCAUCACAAAAGUCGAAAUAAAAACAAAAGCUUGACUCUUUCAUAGCUGCAGUAAAUGCAAAACAUAUUUUAGUAGUAGCAUUCGCCACAAUACUUUUACAAAUACUGGCGCAUCUUAUACAACCAUGACGCGAACGAGCAUGUGACAAUCCAAUCUUGAUCCAAUCAUGGAUAAUCUCUAAUCGAUGAUCCAAUCUUGAUCUUCUGAAAUGGACUUUGCAAGAGAACAUUUGAAGCAGCUUGGGUGGCAGGAGGGAGAUGGUCUGGGAAAAGGCCGAAAUGGCAUUGCAGAAGCACUAAAGCCAAAGCUGAAGUUUGACACAACUGGCAUUGGUCAUGACCCAGCCAAGGAGUUCACGCAUACCUGGUGGAGUGAGGCCUACAACACAGCUGCUGCUAAUGUCACUGUUAAUGAGGCCUCAGAUGGCUGCCAGCUGGCCACCAGCAACACCAAGAAAAAGAAGAAGAAAAAGGUGGUCAAAUCGGCAUACAGCAACUUUGUGACUGGUGGCACGCUGGUGGGUAGCAGUGUGACUGGCGGUGGUGAGGCUGAUGGUGAGGGUCCUGAGGAGGCGGCGCCGGCUGAGUCGCGCCUCAGUGACGAACAGCUGUUGGCGGCGUGCGGCGGCCGAACGGCGCACAAGGGCGCCCGGCACGGCCACAAGAUGGACGGAAAGCUGGCCAGGAUCGUGGCCCAGGAGGCCGCCAUCCUGGCCAGACUGACGGGCCAGAAACCCGCCGAGGAAGACGUGACCAUGAAAAAGAAGAAAAAGAGGAAGGCUGAUGAAGGAGAGGAUCCAAGCUCUGCUAUCCUGGAUAAUGAUGACCUAGGCAGCGCUGCGGUAGAUUGUUUGAAAUCUGAAAAGAAAAAGAAGAAGCGAAAGAAGCCAGAUCUAGAUGCGGUGGAUGAAUCAAUCGCUGAAGACGGUAGUACCGUCGUUUCUACAUCAGAGAGAAGGAAAAAGAAAAAGCAAAAAUCACAAGCAAGCAGCUGACAAGAUGAAUCGGCACUAAAAACUGUUUUCUAUCGGCAAGGAAAUGACCGCAGUGCAGUUUACGGCACGCACUGCCACAUCUGUUAUACUUCCGUACAAUGCAACAUUUUGCGUACAAUUCAUGGGCCUCGUCUGAGUUUUAUGUCAACACGCUACAGAACAAUGUGGAACCAACUGAACGGAAUGAAAUAAAGCAUUGACGAUGCUCGGUAUCUCGCCCGGAAAGCAUCUGUGCACCGUGCUCCCAGCUCCGAAUGCACGAUUUGGCCUCAGCGCCACCUUCUGUACCCAUCUCAGCAGCAACAACUAUAAGUAUUGGGAUAUGCCACCAGGUGGACUGAAAACCCUCGGUUGCAGCAUCCGCUCAUUGAGGUAGUGUUUUAUAUACCUGGACUGAGGUUUUGGUGCGCAUGGACGGUGCGAUGUAUGUUGAUGCCUGUUUGGAGCGAUGGGCUCUCCGAACGUGUGCUGAUUAAUAUGCACGAUUUUACAUCGUUUCGUAGGCCAUGCAGCAUCCAUGUGUAUGGUAGAGGGCGUAUGCAUCGUAUUUUCUGAUUUGUUGUCUGUUGACAUUUAAAUAAUGCCUUCAAAAGGGUGUACCGGUAACGACGAAAAGGGUCGAAUACAAACUAGAUCAAUUAUAA